GCAAGAGUAACAAUCUUGGUGUGCACUCGCCAGUUCAGUUUGAUUGGUCGAUAAACGCGCUCGCUUCAAAAUAUCGUGUUUUAAGUUACGUGUACAAAAUAGUUUUAUAAUUUAAAUAAUUUUAUAUCGGAUUGAUUUUAUAAGUAUGCCUGACCAAGAAGUGGAAUGGAACACAGCGCUUGUCCCCAUUAAGGAUUGGCUCAGCAAGCAACCUCAUUUGCCAAAUGAUGUUGAGGAUGUACUUCUCCGUCGAUUCUAUACCAGCUGUGGCCAGAGCAUGGAACGCGUUAAACGUACCAUUGAUCUUUUCUUCACCAUGCGAUCCACAGCACCAGAACUUUUUCUCCAACGGGACCCUUGGUCAUCGGAGAUCAGAAGAGCAUUUGAAGUUACAGACAUGCUGCCUUUACCAAAUAAAACAAAAGAAAACUACAAAAUUUUCAUCUACCGAUUGAACAACCCCGACUACGAUCUCUUCAAUUUCAUAGACGCUGUAAAGACAUUCUUCAUGCUCGCUGACACUCGUCUCACUGAAGAGGAUGACAUACCUUCAGGGGAGAUACCUAUAUUUGACUCGGCCAACAUCACUCUCAAAUUUAUUGGGAAAAUUAAUUUGUCGGUUUUGCGCAAAUAUAUGCUGUAUACACAGGAAGCAAUUCCGAUUAGGUUAAAACAAGUACAUGUGAUCAACACGCCGGCUUACAUCGGCAAAUUAUUCGCUCUCUGCAAACCCUUUUUGAAGACCGAGGUUGCUAAGCUGAUAAAGUUCCAUGAACCAAAUUCAGACACUCUGUAUCAAGACGUGCCUCAAGAUCUCCUACCUACUGAGUACGGUGGUAAAGCGGGCUCCAUAGACCAGAUUAAACGAUACUGGAUUAAGCGGGUGGAAGCCAAAAGGGACUGGUUCCUGGCCAAUGAUAAGAACUGGGCUUUGGAUGAAGGAUUACGUCCUAAUGACAGUCAUAAUGAGAACCAAGUGAAAGAUCUUCCUGGCUCCUUCAGGUCCCUUGCUUUCGAUUAAAUGUCGACUAUCAGAUUAAUUUAUAAUUUAAAAAACGUAGAUGAGAGCUACCAUCCAAGAAAAGCGAUCCAGAGAAAUCCAGUUUUGUAUUAGUUUUUACCUACUGAAUUAACUUCCUUCUAUAUUAUAAUCAUUUAGAAUAUAAAUUAUACAAUUUAAUUUUGUAUUCAUUUAUUAACAAGUGUCAA